CCAAGAUCAGUUGGUCGUCGACCGUGAACAGUGAUUGAAGUAUUUGAACACGUUCAAUAACGUCCUGCAAGGAGUUCCUGGCCAUAGUAAAAAGGGUUUUUAUUCAAAACGACACAGUUGAAAUCGGAAGACAUGCCACCGUAUCAUUGCACAGCGGACGACAUUUGCACUCGGUCCAAGUUCGUUGCGGACGCUGAUUGUUUUAUGGUCGAACGUGCACCCACCGUGAGUUCGACAACGUCCAACGCGUGGGCGCCGGGACACGCGUGGUCCCCAUACUGCAGCCCAUCCGCAGGAACCACCACGCUGGCUACCCUGAUGCCGUCCGCCCUGCAUAGGGGCCCCCUGCGAAUAUCACCGGUCAAGUCGGAGCCCUACGAUAUGUCUGCCGACAUACCGUCAAUAAAUAUCCUUUUGAUUGAUAUUUCAGAAAGACGGCGGCUGAGUCUAUGCGUGGGCUGUGGUGGUGCCAUAAAUGACCAAUACAUUCUCAAAGUGGCUCCCGACUUAGAAUGGCACGCAGCGUGUCUAAAGUGUGCCGAGUGCCAUCAGUUUUUGGACGAACAUUGUACCUGUUUCGUUAGAGAUGGGAAAACCUAUUGUAAAUUAGAUUAUGUCAGAUUAUUUGGUACUAAAUGUGAUAAGUGCAACCUGAGCUUUGACCGAACGGAUUAUGUAAUGAGGGCAAAGACUAAAGUUUACCACAUGGAGUGCUUUAGGUGCAAUGUAUGCAGCAGGCAACUUAAUGUAGGCGAAGAGUUUGCGUUAAGAGAUGGUACUUUGCUGUGUAAAGACGACCACAGUCAUCAUCCGAUCAUAAACGGUGCCAAAAGCAAAAUUGCUGCUCAACUGCAAAGCAAUGAAAAUAACAACAACAACACAGCAUUGGCCGACCACAACACCAGCAGUACCAAUUCCCUACAUCACAACGAAGGGUCGAAUUCUGAUUCAUCGGAGUCGGGAUCGAAUAAAUGUUCCGGUCGAACCGGAUCUGAUGGCCCGGGCAACAGUCGGCUGGGUUCGGCUGGCAAAGGCUCGUCCGACGGUAAACCUACUCGAGUCCGGACGGUACUCAACGAAAAACAGUUGCACACAUUACGGACGUGCUAUUCAGCGAACCCUAGGCCAGAUGCGCUCAUGAAAGAACAACUAGUCGAAAUGACCGGACUCAGUCCUAGGGUCAUAAGGGUGUGGUUCCAAAACAAACGGUGCAAGGACAAGAAGCGUGCCAUCGCCUUAAAACAGCAAAUCCAACAAGACAAGGACGGUAGAAAAAUGGGUUACGGCAGUAUGCAGGGUAUACCGAUGGUAGCGUCUAGUCCGGUCCGACACGAUAGCCCGUUGGGCAUGAACCAAAUAGAAGUGCAGAGUUUCCAGCCACCAUGGAAAGCGCUGUCCGAGUUCGCGCUACACUCGGACCUUGAUCGAGUGGAUACCAACCAACCUCACUUCCAACAGCUCGUUAAUCAGAUGCAUGGUUACGACAUACACGGUCCACCACCACCAAUGACCAGGUUAGACAUUGAUCCGGGUCCGGUGGACAUGAUGCAUCCAGAUUCCACUGACUCUUUCGUCACGUACCUAGAAAGCGACGACAGUCUCCACAACGACACGUCGAGUCCGUAAAAUAGGUGUACAUCAAACCUAAAUACUAGAAGAAAUCUCUUUAUUAUUUUGUAUUUGUUAUCCGUCUUUUUCUUGUAUGUUAUUCUAUGACUUUACUUUUCUCUUCCAUUGUGGUCCCGUGAAUUCACAAUAUAUCCGCGUACCUAUGUUGUCUUUAAUAAUUAUAUAAAUUAUUGACAUUAAUAAUCACGAGCAGCCCAAAGCCGAACGCAUCAAAAUCAGAUAUUGUACGCGUGCUCCUAAGUAUUAAUAUUACGUUGUUGUAAUUUUUUGUAAAUAUAAUUGAUGAUUAAUUAUACUUAAUAGUAUAUUAAAUGAAAACAAAAUUCAUUGGA